AUGUCGGCGGCGCUGCGCGUUCCGCUCCGCGCUAUCCUCUCCCGGGCGGCCCCUCCCACCGCUCGCCUCCUCCUCCCGCUCCACGCGCACCUCAUCGUGUCCGGCCGCCUCGCCGCCUCCCCCGCCGCGCUCACAUCCCUCGUCUCCCUCUACGCGCGCGCCCCGGCCGCGCUGCACCGCCCCACUAUCCCGCUCCUCCUGGCGCCCACCGACCCGCUCCCCUGCUACAACGCGGCGCUCUCGCUGCCCCACGCGCUGGCGCUCCCGCUCUUCCGCAGCCUCCGCCUCGCCCACUCCCCCGACGCGUUCUCCUUCCCUCCCCUCUUCUCCUCGGCCCCUUCCCCGCCGCACCUACUCGCGCUCCACGGCCUCGCCCUCCGCUGCGGCCUCGCUCACGACCUCUUCUGCGCCAGCGCUCUGCUCCGGGGGUGCCUGAGGUUCGGCCUCGCCGACCACGCCCACCGCCUGUUCGACGAAUUGACCGACCGGGAUGUCGUCGUGUGGAACGCCAUGGUCAAUGGGUUCGCGAAGCUCGGGUGCUUUGACCGUGCCACGGAAUGCUUCAGGAAGAUGAGAGAGGCGGGCGAGGUGGAGAUCAGCAGCUUCACAGUCACCGGGAUCCUAUCGGUUUGUACCGCGACAGCAGAUCUCAGGGGUGGGGGCACGGUUCAUGGUUUGUUGGUGAAGUCAGGAUUUGACAAGGAGGCAUCGGUGUGUAAUGCGUUGAUAGAUCUUUACGGGAAGUGCCAUCAGGUGGACGAUGCAACAAGGGUGUUUGAGUCACUAGGGGAGAGUGAUAAGGAUCUGUUCAGCUGGAACUCAAUGCUGUCAGCACUGCAGUACUCGGCUGACCAUGUGGGGACGAUGAGUCUGUUUGCGAGGAUGAGACGUGCUGCACUGUGGCCGGAUGCAGUGACCGUUGCGGCUGUUCUCCCUGCAUGCGCAAAGACUGCAGCCCUGCAGGUUGGGAGGAAGGUGCAUGGGUACAUCGUAACGAGCGGACUGGCCUGUGAUGGUGCAAUGGACGUGUUUGCUUGCAAUGCACUGGCGGACAUGUAUGCGAAGAGUGGUGGUCUGGAUGAGGCUCGUCGUGUGUUUGAUUGGACACGACAACGGGAUGUGGCAUCAUGGAACAUUAUGAUCGAUGGGUAUGCAUCACACGGGCGUGGGCAAGAGGCACUGAAGUUGUUUCACCAGAUGAUAGAAGAAGGCCUGGUGCCAGAUGAGGUAACGUUGCUGGGAACAUUGUCGGCUUGCAGCCAUUCUGGGCUUGUCGAGGAAGGGAAGGAUUUUCUAAAGAGGAUGAAGGAGGAGUUUGGAUUGGAGCCACAGCUGGAGCACUACGCAUGUGUCACUGACAUGCUUGGGCGAGCAGGGUGGUUGGAUGAAGCGAGAAGGGUAGUACAAGAGGCUGGUGAUGUGGGUGCUGGUGCGUGGCGGACAUACCUUGCAGCAUGCCGGAUGCAUGGUGAUAAGGAGAGAGCAGAAGAGGCAGCUAGGAUGCUGAUGAUGGCAGAGGAAUCAGGGAGCGGGGGAUGGGUUCUGCUUGCCAACACUUAUGGUUGGGAGGGAAACUUUAAGGAACUUGAAGAGGUGAGAGGGGAGAUGAAACGCCAAGGGGUGCAGAAGGCUACACCCGGUUGCAGCUGGGUAGAGGUAGGGUGA